CAGCGACGAUCCUCGGUAUCGCACGCGAGAUGUUGAAAGACGAUGAACAGUCCUCCGGAAAAGGUGAAGAUUCAGAUUCAAAUUCAAAUUCAAAUUCAAGCAUCACAUUCAAGAUUCGAGUCCGAGUCACGGGCCGCGAUUCCGCGCUCGUGAUCUGACAGCCGCAGCGUUGGGCGGGGUAGCGCUAGCAGGUACGGGGCGAUCGAGGAACGGGAGGGGCAAGGUCAUCUCCUAUAAUGUUGCUGAACGCGCGCGCGCUGCGUUUGGAUUCAAGAUUCACCUUCGUGAUUCUUGAUUCGUAAUUGCCACAUGGAUCGAAGAUGCUUGCUGCUGAGUAAGGACGCGGUGCGGUGUGGCGACACAAAGCACGCCCGACAUGGCUGGCUGGCUGGCUGCAGCAGCAGAGAAGACCACGUCAACAGGUACGCGCCGGCCGACAUUUUGACUUUCGAUGCGCUUGUCAAGGCGAAAUGGAGCGACGAUCGAGUGCUGCUGCUGCUGCUGGCUGCCAAGGGCACGUCAUGCAGCGACCACCAACGACAUUCACGAUUCUUGAUUCACGAUUUUGACCGACUCGCUCUGCGACGGCGACGGCGACUGCGACUGCGACUGCGACUGCUGCUCGAUCGCUCGAAAUGUCAGCACCGAUGCGCGUGGAGUAGGCAAAUGGACGCGAGGCGCAGGACCCUGCAUGCAUGCAUGCAGCAGCUGCUGCUGCUGGGCGCGGAUUGCCUGUCACACAAACUUGCAUGCGGUGAUCGCCGCGCGUUGGCUUCUCAAGUGCCUGCCUGUCUGCCCCGCGCGCGCUCCGCUGCAAUUACCAGCAUACCGCGCACGCCGCGUGCUUGACUCAGACUCCUACACACUCCUCUGCGGGCAGCGCAUGCAGCUGCUCAUAGCUGACCCAAUCGUGAAUGAUUAUCUGGGACUCGAUCGAGAAGAGCGCGA